GCUGAUGGCGCGCGCGGAGCGGGCGCUGCCCCGGCGGGCGCUGGAGCGGGACUGGGCCGUGCUGGGCGAGCUGGGCAGCGGCUCCUACGGGCGCGUGCUGCGGGCGCGGCCCCGGCGCGGAGGUGCCCCGGUGGCGCUGAAGCUGCUCUCCAAGGAGCGCACGCCCAGGUGGGGCUUCCUGCGCGAGUUCUGCACGCACCUGUGCCUGCGCGGGGCGCUCACCUGCGUGCAGGUGCUGCCGCUCGCCUUCGAGACCCCCACGGAGUUCGGCUUCGCCCAGGAGCUCGCACCUGCGGGGGACCUGUGCGGGCUGCUCACACCUGGGGUGGGCCUCCCGGAGCCGCAGGUGAAGCGCUGCGCCGCCCAGGUGAGCUCGGCGCUGGCUUACCUGCACGGCCACGCCCUGGUGCACCGCGACCUGAAGCUGGACAACGUGCUGGCCUUCGACCGCGAGUGCCACCUGGUCAAGGUGGGCGACUUCGGCCUGACGCGCGUGCAGGGCUGGCAGGUGCGCCCCGGCCCCGCCCCCGGCCCCGCCCCCUACGCCGCGCCCGAGCUGCUGCACCUGCGGGCAGGUGAGGCGCGGCUGGAGCCCGCCGUGGACACCUGGGCGUUCGGCGUGCUGCUCUUCGCGCUGCUCACCGGCGCCUUCCCCUGGCGCUCACCUGCGCGCUCCGACCCCGCCUUCCGCCGCUUCCGCGCCUGGCACGGCCGCACCUGCGCAGGUGAGGCGCGGCCGCCGCGCACCUGGCGGGGGCUGGGCGGGGCGGGGCUGGCGCUGCUGCGGGGGCUGCUGCACCCCCAGCCCGCGCGGCGCUGCCCACCUGGAGAGGUGCUCAGGUACCUGGGCGGGGCCUGGGCGGGGCCGCGCCCGCAGGUGAGCCCCGCGGGGGAGGGGGGACAGGUGAGCUCUGCCAGUGAGGGGAGCCAGGUGAGCUCUGAGGGGGGACAGGUGAGCCCCGCGGGGGAGGGGGGACAGGUGAGCUCUGCCAGUGAGGGGAGCCAGGUGAGCUCUGAUGGGGGACAGGUGAGCCCCGCGGGGGAGGGGGGACAGGUGAGCUCUGCAGGUGAGAGCAGCCAGGUGAGCUCGGAGGGGGGACAGGUGAGCUCUGAGGGGGAGGGGGGGAGCGGCCAGGUGAGCUCUGCAGGUGAGGGCGGGAGUGGCCAGGGAUCCCCCUCAGGUGGGAGCGGCCAGGUGAGCCCCGCAGGUGAGGGAGGACAGGUGAGCUCUGCAGGUGGGAGUGGGAGCGGCCAGGUGAGCUCUGCAGAUGAGAGCAGCCAGGUGAGCCCCACAGGUGAAUGGGGGAGCAGCCAGGUGAGCGCUGAGAGGGAGGGGGGACAGAUGAGCCCUGCAGGUGAGAGCGACCAGGUGAGCUCUGCCAGUGAGGGAGGACAGGUGAGCCCCACAGCUGAGCGGAGCCAGGUGAGCCCCGCAGGUGAGAGUGGGAGUGGCCAGGUGAGCCCCGCAGGUGAGGAGGGGAGUGGCCACGUGGCUCUCUCAGGUGAGAGCGGCCAGGUGAGCCCCACAGCUGAGGGGGGGCGCGGCCAGGUGAGCCCCGCAGGUGAGAGUGGGAGUGGCCAGGUGAGCCCCGCAGGUGAGAGUGGGAGUGGCCAGGUGAGCCCUGCAGGUGAGAGUGGGAGUGGCCAGGUGAGCCCCGCAGGUGAAAGUGGGAGUGGCCAGGUGAGCCCCGCAGGUGACUCGGGAUCCCCCAGCAGUGAGGUGGGCACACCUGGGCAGGUGAGGGGAACACCUGGACGAGGGAUAGAGACACCUGGGCAGGUGAGGGGAACAUUUGGGGAUGCGCUGGGAACACCUGGAGCGAGAUGGAAACACCUGGAGAUGGGAUAGAGACACCUGGAAACACCUGGGCAGGUG